AUGGCCUUCGCCGCCCGGGAGGGCGCGGGCUCGGGGCGCGGGCGGCCGCCGCGGCACCGGGCGCUGCGCGGGUUGCUGCUGCUCUGCUUGUGGCUGCCGAGCGGCCGCGCGGCCGGCCAGGCCUCCGCGCCGCUGUCCGAGCUGCACGCGCAGCUCUCGGGAGUGGAGCAGCUGCUGGAGGAGUUCCGCCGGCAGCUGCAGGAGGAGCGGCCGCAGGAGGAGCUGGAGCUGGAGCUGCGCGCGGGCGGCGGCCCCCCCGAGGAGGGCUGCCCGGGCCCCGGCGGCGGCGGCUACAGAGCCAUGCCGGACGCCAUCAUCCGCACCAAGGACUCCCUCGCGGCGGGCGCCAGCUUCCUGACCGCGCCGGCGGCCGUGCGGGACUGGCGGCAGUGCGUGGCGGCCUGCUGCUCCGAGCCGCGCUGCUCGGUGGCCGUGGUGGAGCUGCCCCGGCGGCCCGCGCCCCCCGCCGCCGCGCUCGGCUGCUAUCUCUUCAACUGCACCGCCCGCGGCCGCAGCGUCUGCAAGUUCGCGCUGCACCGCGGCUACAGCAGCUACAGACUCAGCCGCGCGCUGGACCGCGGGCAGGAAGAGCUGGAAGCCGCGCCUCGCACGGAAAAAGAUGAGCCUCCACUUAGCAAGGCCGGGCAGGAUGUGGUCUUGCAUCUACCUACAGAUGGAGUGGUUUUGGACGGCCGCGAGAGCACAGAUGACCAUGCCAUUGUCCGGUAUGAGUGGACACUGCUGCAGGGUGACCCAUCAGUGGACAUGAAGGUACCUCAGUCAGGAACCCUGAAGCUGUCCCACUUACAAGAGGGAACAUACACCUUUCAGCUCACUGUGACGGACACCGCCGGGCAGAGAAGCUCUGACAACGUCUCGGUGACCGUGCUCCCCGUGGCCUUCUCCAUGGGAGGAUGCUCGAAGGUUUGCUCGCGCUACCACUUCUUCUGCGAUGAUGGCUGUUGCAUUGACAUCACCCUGGCUUGUGAUGGAGUGGAGCAGUGUCCUGAUGGGUCUGAUGAGGCUUUCUGCCAAAAUUUGAGCCUUGACCAGAAGAUGGUGACCCACACAGCGACUGCCCAGCCUAGAAUCACAGGACCAAGCAAAGAUGCAGCAGGAAGCUCCUUCUUGGAAAAGUUCCAGAAAGUCACUGUCCAAAACCAGCCACCAGCGUUAUCAAAUACGGAGAAGAGGAAUCAUUCCAUGUUUUGGGGACCAGAGAGUCAAACUGAUCCUGUGAUGCCAGAUCGUGGCUCCUCAGGGAAGAACAGAAAAGAAGAAAAUUAUAUUUUUGAGUCCAAGAGCGAUCGAGGAGGAGGGGAACACCCAGCCCCAGAAACAGGUGCGGUUCUACCCCUGGCCCUGGGCUUGGCCAUCACGGCGCUGCUGCUUCUCAUGGUCGCGUGCCGCCUGCGCCUGGUGAAACAGAAGCUGAAGAAAGCUCGUCCCAUUACGUCUGAGGAAUCUGACUACCUCAUAAACGGGAUGUAUCUGUAAUAAGUGUCACUUACAUAGCUGGGGGCGACCAUGUUUUCCUUAUAAUUUAGCCAUAGAUUGGUU